AUGGCAUUCCCUGUGGAUAUGCUGGAUAAUUGCAGUCAUGAGGAAUUGGAAAAUUCUGCUGAAGAUUAUAUGUCAGAUCUAAGGUGUGGGGACCCUGAAAACCCUGAAUGUUUUUCUCUUCUUAAUAUUACGAUUCCUAUUAGCCUGUCAAAUGUAGGCUUUGUACCUCUUUAUGGUGGAGAUCAGACUGAGAAAAUUCUUGCUCUUUUUGCACCUGAGGACUCACUCACAGCUGUGGCACUUUAUCUUGCUGAUCAGUGGUGGGCUAUUGAUGAUAUUGUGAAAACAUCUGUCCCUUCUAGAGAGGGGCUUACAGGUAACAAGAUCCUGUAAUUUAAAAGUGUGAGAACUCUUGGGGAGAGAGUGGUUCUGUAUGUUCUGAAUCGAAUUAUUUAUAGAAAACAGGAAAUGGAGAGAAAUGAGAUACCAUUCCUGUGUCACAGCAGUACUGAUUACGCCAAGAUUCUUUGGAAGAAAGGAGAGGCCAUUGGGUUUUAUUCAGUUAAGCCUACAGGAAGCAUAUGUGCCUCAUUUCUUACCCAAAGCUACCAACUGCCAGUUCUUGAUACAAUGUUUGUAAGAAAGAAAUACAGAGGCAAAGAUUUUGGGCUUCAUAUGCUAGAGGACUUUGUUGAUUCCUUUACAGAGGAUGCUCUUGGCUUGCGGUAUCCACUCUCCUCUCUCGUGUACACAGCUUGCAAGCAGUACUUUGAAAAGUAUCCAGGAGAUCAUGAACUCCUUUGGGAGGUUGAAGGUGUUGGACACUGGUACCAGCGGAUACCAGUCACCAGAGCAUUACAGAGAGAAACACUUAAAAUUACAGCAGUUUCUCAAAAUGAAGCUAAAAGACCUAUGUCUGGAGAAUAUGGUCUUGCAUCUGUUCCAGAAUAUGAAGCAGAAACUGAAGACAAUCAGUCUAGUGAGAUGCAGCUAACUAUUGACUCUCUAAAAGAUGCCUUUGCAAGUACUUCUGAAGGUCACGAUAAAACACCGGUUUCCACUCGUACUCGAGGUAGUCAUCUGAAGCGACCAAAGAUUGGGAAGCGGUUUCAGGAUACUGAAUUUAGUAGUUCUCAAGGAGAAGAUGAAAAGACAGCGCAGACUUCACCUACAGCUUCAAUAAACAAAUUGGAAUCUACUGCGCGCACAUCAGAGAGCUCAGAAGAAUUCCUGGAAGAAGAACCUGAACAAAGUGUGAUUGAAUUUGAGGAUGAAAGCAGUGAUAAGGAUGCCCGGCCUGCACCAGAAACCCAACCACGCCUGGAAAAGCAAGAUGGUGAAAAGGAAUCUGAAUUAGAGCCUAUGAAUGGUGAGAUAAUGGAUGAUACUCUUAAAACCUCACUUAUAACUGAAGAGGAGGACUCCACUAGUGAAGUUUUAGAUGAAGAAAUAAAAUUGCAGUCUCUUAAUUCCAGCGAAGACUCUACUGCUCUUGUUCCACUGGUGGUAGAAUCUUCAAAACCCCCUGAUACUGUUGCACAGGAUAAGAUCUCGCAUAUAACUGACACAGAAAUGUUGCUGGACGAAGGCCCAUCUGAUGAAAAGGGACACACUGAAGAGAAACUGCCCCUAGUUUCAAGAAAGAAAGCGCAUUUUGGAAGUUCAGACAAUGUAGCUACCAUCCCAAAUGAAGAACGAUCCGACAGUGGUUUUCCAAACUCUGUGAUAGCUGAAUUUUCUGAGGAAUCAAUCUCUGAAAAUUUAUCACCCAACACUACUUCUUCAUUGGAAGACCAGGGUGACGAAGGGGUGCCUGAGCCCCAGGAAACGUCUACAGCUCUUUCUCAGAGCUCUUUGAUAGAGGUUGAACUUGAAGAUGUGCCAUUUUCACAGAAUGCAGGACAGAAAAACCAGUCAGAGGAGCAGUCCGAAGCGUCUUCUGAGCAGCUGGAUCAGUUUGCGCAGUCAGCAGAAAAAACUGUGGAUAGCAGCUCAGAGGAAAUAGAAGUGGAAGUGCCUGUGGUAGACAGGCGGAAUUUAAGAAGAAAGGCCAAAGGGCAUAAAGGACCUGCGAAGAAGAAAGCCAAGCUGACAUGAAUGAAGAAGAUAUGCAGAUGAUAAACCCUCUUCUUUGUAAUGUAAUUGUUGUUUUUAAAA